GUCAGCGCCGCCGGAAGGGGGCGGUCCCCUAGCCCGGAAAGGACCGGACUUCCUGGAGGCGGCAAAUCCGGAGGAGCGGUGGCCGCCUUGAUGCUGCCCGCGGGCUGCUCGCGCCGGCUGGUGGCCGAGCUGCGGGAUGCCCUGGACGCCUGCGCUGAGCGACAGCGGCGGCUGGAGCGGAGUCUGCGCGCGUGCCGCCGGCUGCUGCGGCCCUGGGAAGCGGCCGAACUUCCGGCUGCGGAGCCAACCCCGGCACCGGAAACUCAGGAAGAGGCCCCGUCUCCGGCAUGCACGCCUAGCCCUCAAGACCUCAAGGAAUUGGAGCUUCUGACCCAGACACUGGAGAAAGCUGUACGGGUGAGGAAAAGCGUGUCUAAGGCUGCAGAAAGACACAAGGCCCUCAGCCUGAAGUCUGGGUCCACCGCAGCCUCUGCCCCAUCCCGGGUCUCAGGCCAGGCUGGCAGGCGAGCCUCAGAGACAAAACCACUCAGGUGCAUCCAUCAGACCGGGGUACCUGCCGAGGGCCUCCCCGAGUGCAGGCUUCUGUCAGCGGGGGAUCGCACCUGCAAGGGGAAGGGAGCCCGAGCCACCAAGCCUGGACCAGGCCUCAGGGACCAACUUCCACUGGCUGCUCCUCCGGCCCCGGAAGUUUUCACAUUGAAGGAAAAAGGGGUCCUGCUGAAGUUACCCACGGCCUACAGGAAAGCAGCCUCCCAGAACUCCCGCCUGUGGACCCAGCUCAGCUCUACGCAGACCAGUGACUCCGUGGAUGCUGCUACCAACGCCAAAACCCAGUUCCUCCAGAAAAUGAAGAUGGCUUCAGGCUGGCCUGGCUCUGGGCUCAGUGCUGCAGAGGUGGAGGCGGAGGUGGGGCUCCUAUGGAAGGCCUGCUCGCUGCUGAGACAGCGAAUGGAGGAAGAGCUCUUGGCAGACUGUGCUGACUGGGUGCAGGAGUACCACUGCCUGCUUACCCUGGAGGGGCUGCAGGCCAUCACGGGGCAGUGUCUCCACAGACUGCAGGAGCUGCGUGCUGAAAUGGUGGGACAGCAGUUGGGGCCAUGGCCUGAGGAGAGAUGCCCCAGAGCCUCAGGGUCCUGUGAAGGAAGAACAGACCCUACCUGGAGCUCGCAGCUGCUUCUGUACUCCAGCACCGCGGAGCUGCAGACCCUGGCGGCCCUCAGGCUGCGAGUGGCCAUGCUGGAGCAGCAGAUCCACCUGGAAAAGGUCCUGAUGGCCGAACUCCUCCCGCUGGUGAGCACACCGGAGGCACAGGGGCCGCCCCCACUGGCGCUCUGCCGAGCCGUGCAUAGCCUGCUCUGUGAGGGAGGUGAGCGCUUCCUCACCAUCCUUCGAGACGAACCUGCCAGCUGAGCCCUUCCCGUGGCCAGCGACCACUCACCUUGCCCAUUCCCAGGCACAGGACCCUGGCAUGAGGGUGCACUUGUUCUGACCCUCAGACCACUGGGAGACCACCACCACCCCUUCUCUGUUAGGUGAACGGGGAUUGAGAAGGUCUGGUCGGCCUGGGGGCCCAGGGAUGGCUGUAGCCACCCUGGAAACCAGGGCCGCCAGGUGGGCUGGGGACAGCCUCCCGGCUCUUGCUGAGGAGCCCAGGGCCCUUCUUGCAGCAGCUAAAGCUGACAGGCCUCCGCAUGGCGUGCACAUCAGAGGCCUGCGGGCUUUUUUCUCAGCUACCUCUGUUUUUCCUUGUUUUAGACUUAGAAGCCACUUGUGUGACAUUAAAACUACUUCAGAAAGUAUAUUCAA